AUGGUAGCUGUGGCCAUCACGACCAUGGACAAUUACGAUCUGACACAACUUAAAAAUGAUGCCACCGUGCCGAGGCCCCGUGGCGUGCCUGUCAAUGUGUGCACUUCUGGUAGUAAUAGUACCGUAUCUGCCGAGGUAGAGGUGGCCGCCGCUGUUACUGGAGAUCCUCGUUUACGCAUGAUCCCUUGUGUCGAGCUUGUGGACAUCCUGGAGGAGGACUGGGAUUACAUCAUGGCCCCAGCCAAGAAAUACAGGACAUUUGAUCCUGAUUCACUUGAACGAGCUCUGAAUGCAGUAAAGAACUGUGGCAUUUCCAUUCGAGCGGCAUCCAAGACCUACAAAGUACCUUACAUCACACUAAAUAGGCACGUUAAUGGACUCUCUCAAAGCCUCAAGCCUGGAAGACCACCUAAACUGGUACAGUAUGAAGCUGAAUUGCAUGAUGCUGUUGUUACUAUGGUAGACAUGGGCCAUGGUGCUACAGUUUCCGAUAUCAUGGAGUUGGCCGUUGAAACUGUGGACAAAGCUGGCCGUUCCCCUUUCAAAUCUAAAGAUGACCGCCCCAGCAGGCGUUGGUAUAGAGGAUUUAAGAAGCGCAACAAUUUGUCACUGCGUCAGCCAGAAAACAUGUCAGCCAACAGAUUUCGAAUGGCCACACCUGAGGUUAAAAAAGAUUUUUUUGACAAACUUGAAGCUAUGUAUAAAAAGCUAAUACCACUUGGACUUCAACCGUCUCAGAUCUACAAUACGGAUGAAACUGGAGUCUGCGUUGUCACAAAACCAGGCAAAGUCCUAGCUGUCAAAGGUUCAAAAAAUGUUCGAGAAAGAACUGGUGGUGAAAGAGGAGAAAAUGUCACAGCAGUGGUGACGGUGAAUGCUACUGGUUCUCAUAUCCUCCCUCCAACUUUAAUUUUUCGAGGCCAAAGUUUGAAUAUGGACUUGACUGAAGGUGCCCCAGAGGGCACUGUAUUUGCUUAUUCCAAAAGAAGUUUCAUUGACUCGGAAUUAUUUGUGGAAUGGUUUAAGAGAUUCAUUGCAGCAAUUCCACCUGCCAGGCCAGUACUGCUUCUGAUGGAUGGCCAUGGAAGUCACAUCCAGCUGGAAAUUAUUGAAAUGGCUCGCAGCAAUGACAUUAACAUUUUGCUAUUUCCUCCUCACACAACAAAUUUUUAUCAGCCUCUUGAUGUUGGUGUUUUUAAAUCCUUCAAGUCUGCAUUUUCUUCAGAAUCUUCAAAGCUGAUGAGAAAAAACAAAAUAAAGAAUAUUAAUAGAUACCAUAUUGCUCAAGUUUUGAACUCAGCCUGGGUUAAGGGUAUAACUCCGGCAAAUAUCCAAGGAGGUUUUAGAGGGUCUGGAGUGUGGCCACUCAAUGCUGAUGCUGUAACUCUACCUGGCACAGAAAUUAAUCCAGAACCAGAAAGUAUUCAGUCCCCCAAUGCUGACACAGUUCCAGCUCAAGCUCAAACCCCAGGUUCUCAAGAUCAAGGGUUGAGACCAAGGGUACGCAACUUACUUUCCAAGUUCUCUAAGGAUGUAAUGGCGGUGAUGGAUGAGGCAGAAACACAGCACAACAGGCCUGGUGCAGGUGGCACCGUUGCCCGAGGAGAUGCUACUGCUCAACGUGCAGCCGUGGAUGCAGGAAAUGCCACUGUUUCCUCCGACUCACUGGUUGAUGGAGCCCACACUGGUACGUCGUCCAACCUUCAAUCAGUCGGUGGUUCUACACCGUCGCCUGUCGUUAGCGCUGUCCGUUCCCUCCUGAUGCCUGCGAAUGAUGCUUGCGACCGCCCCAGGUCUCGGUGUAUCACUCAGACUAGAGUGAUAACAAGUGAUGAGUUUUUCAAAGAGAUGCAGGAGAAAGAAGCCGCAAAGAAGAAGAAGGAGGAUGAGAAGAAGGCUAAGGCUGCUGCGCGAGAAGAAGCAAGGAAAAGAAAAGCAGCCGCUAAGAAGAAGGUAGAUAGAAACAAGAAAUCAAAGAAGCAAAAGCAUGUAGCUGAAUCUGAAGACGAGGCAGAGGCCAUAGAUGACCCAAGCGAAGAAGAAAAAAAUAAGAGUGAUAGUGAUGAAGAUGAAGACAAUGAAAAAUGUGGAGUGUGUGAGAAAAGUUUCCAGCAAGACUUUAACGGGGAACAAUGGAUCCAGUGCUCUGGCAAGGAUUGCAACACCUGGUUCCACAUGAAGUGCGUUAAAGUUGCCAAGUAUAUUGCAACAUUCCGUUGUGAGUGGUGUACUCCUGUAGGUCACUUGAAAAAGAAGUGA